UUGAGGCAGGGUGAGUUCCUGAGCAGAGGAGGCACAGAACUCCCGGCCAUCUCUUGCAGAUUGGCGCGCUGCACCCUCUGCCCUGGAUCCAAUGUUCACUCGCCAGAGCUGUCCUGUGCUCCUGGAUGGCAAAUACUGUUUAUUCCUACGGGUGGGUGUGGGGCUACCCAGAGGGGCCACCUGCAGAUCAGUGAUGUGGGGACCAUGCCCGAUGAAGGCGGGUGGCCUUUAGAGACUUGGAACAGACCCAUAGUUCUCUUUGACACAGUGUGCAGUUGUGUAGCUGGACUGGGAGGAAGCAGGGAGCCAUGUCCAAACCCUUCCUUUGGGUUUUGCGAGCUCACUGUCAGGAAGGUGGCUCAAUACCAGUGACCAUGUUUUCAAGGUCUCACAACAAACACAGCAAUCUUUGGAACUUUGCCCCAAGAGAACGUCAGCUCUUUUUUUUCAAUCAAAUUCUACUCACGUGUUAGUCUUGUCUUUCCUUCCUUCUUGCCUUUACUUUGUCCCUCCCUUCCUAUUUCUCUGUCUCUUCUGUAUUUCUUUCCCCUUGGUAAUUGUGUGAGAGAAAUGUGAAUAGGCUGCUUUAAAACACAUGACAGUAAAGUGUGCACAGGACUACAUUAAUUUGUUAAAAAGCCAAUCAUCGUUUCCGUGUCUCCUGACAAAUGGAUGCACAGCAUUUCUUCAACAUCAUUCUGGUAAUGAUCAAAUAUGAGCUGAUAGUCUGCGAUCUCCCAGGCAGUCACCUGGGCCAUGAAGAAUCACAGAUAGAAGAAGGCACUAACUCUGUCAUCCAGCCACUCUCAGAUGUGUAUCCUGAGUCUUGCCGAUACUGAACUGUUUGCGUUCUGACCUUCCCUCCAAGGAGAGCAUGCUUUCCAUUGCUGCAAGUGAAUGGCUAAACAAGCAGGACUUCAUGAAUGGACUCAGUGUGAACCUGUUGGGGGUCAUCGAGGUGACUCUGAGCCUGCUGCCCUUAGUAAGAAAAGCACAAGGCCAUGUGGUCCAUGUCUCCAGUGUCACGAGCCAGUUGUCGCUUUUUGGUGGUGGCUACUGCAUCUCCAAGCACUUCCUUGCCCCAUACUAUAUGUCUUGCAGGAGGGAGCUCCCCUCUUUUUGGGUGAAAGUGACUAUUACUGAGCCUGGUUUCUUCAAGACCAAUAUGACCAAUACCAAAAAGAUCAUACUACGCUUACAGGAGGUGUGGAACUGCAUCAGCUCAGAGGUUAAGGACGUCUAUGGAGAGAAGUUUCUGGAAUCCUGUCUGAAAUCAUUGAAAUUAAUGGAGCACAAGUGCAGUCCAGACCUCUCCUUGGUGACAGAGUGCAUGGAGUAUGCACUAACUGCCUGUCACCCUCGCACCCAGUACUCAGCAGGCUGGGAUUCCAAGCUAUUUUACCUCCCCUUGAACUACCUGCCCACGUUCCUGGUGGAUGCCUUUCUGUAUUUGAGCUCCCCAAAGCCAGCAAAAGCCCUCUAAAGCCAACUCUUGGUUGUGUGAUCAGGGAAGAUGGGUAGUGUGUGGGUUGAAACAUGUGAGGG